AUGAACUUGAACUGGUGCUACCUGUACAGCCCGGUGGCCAUGUUGAGGCUGCUGCAACUGCUGGUUGGGGCUGCCUUCAUCAUCCUCACCUCCAAGAGCGGGUUCCAUGGCCCCGUGUACUUCGCACUCUUCAUGUCUGCAUUCUUCUGUCUGAUGACCCUGAUCCUCUUCUUCAUCUCGCUGUUUUACAAACACUGGUGGCGGGUCAACGAGAUUCACGACCUGCUGGCGGCUGCACUGUACAUCGCCUUGAUGGCCAUCAUGAUCGACCAGACGCUGCGACAAAGUUACUGCAAUUUCGAGGGUAACCCACUGCCCUGCGCCUACAAUGUCUUUCUUGGGGCCACCUUCUGCAGUGGAUUCUGCUUUGGCCUCUACUUGCUCUCAGCAUUGUACCGAUUUUACGCUUAG